UGAAGCUGCUGCUUGACUGGGGAGCUGUCUUCCCGCUGACCUCUCUAGGGAGACCCUGGCUCGGUUGUCGGCAAAGCAGACGCACCUCCCAGCCCUGCAUCCAAAGGAUGGGGACCCAGGAGGACCACACAGCUCUAGCCCAGGAGACUGAGGGCUCCACCCUCUCCAGGGCACCCCCAGAGAACCCCAAGGCAGACAUGCUCUACAAGAUCGAGGAUGUGCCUCCCUGGUACCUCUGCAUUCUCCUGGGAUUCCAGCACUACCUGACCUGUUUCAGUGGCACCAUUGCUAUACCCUUUCUCCUUGCGGAUGCUCUAUGUGUAGGCAAGGAUCAGUACGUGGUCAGCCAACUCAUCGGCACCAUCUUCACCUGUGUGGGCAUCACCACCCUCAUCCAGACCACUCUGGGCAUCCGGCUACCCCUGUUUCAAGCAAGUGCCUUUGCCUUCUUGGUCCCAGCUGAAGCUAUCCUGUCCCUGGACAAAUGGAGAUGUCCCCAAGAAGAGGAGAUCUAUGGUAACUGGAGUUUACCCCUGAACACAUCACAUAUUUGGCACCCACGAAUAAGAGAGAUCCAGGGGGCAAUCAUGGUGUCCAGCACAGUAGAGGUGAUGAUUGGGCUUUUGGGGCUGCCAGGAGCCCUGCUCAGCUACAUCGGGCCCCUCACAGUCACCCCCACUGUCUCCCUCAUCGGCCUCUCUGUCUUCCAAGCUGCUGGAGAUCGAGCUGGAUCUCACUGGGGCAUCUCAGCGUUCUCCAUCUUCCUGAUCAUCCUCUUCUCCCAAUAUCUCCGAAAUGUUACCUUCUGGCUGCCUGGCUACAAAUGGGGCAAAGGCUUCACUCUCUUCCGGGUCCAGAUCUUCAGAAUGUUUCCUAUCGUCCUGGCCAUUAUGGUCGUUUGGCUGUUCUGCUAUAUCCUGACACUGACUAAUGUGCUGCCUGAUGACCCCAAUGCCUACGGCUUCAAGGCUCGGACAGAUGCCCGAGGGGAGAUCAUGUCCAUUUCACCCUGGAUCCGCUUCCCCUACCCCUGUCAAUGGGGCCUCCCCAGUGUGACUGCAGCUGCUGUUUUGGGCAUGUUCAGUGCCACAUUGGCGGGCAUCAUCGAGUCUAUUGGAGAUUACUAUGCUUGUGCUCGACUGUCUGGGGCCCCUCCACCCCCUGUUCAUGCCAUCAACAGGGGGAUCUUUACCGAGGGCAUCUGCUGUAUCAUUGCUGGGCUGCUCGGGACUGGCAAUGGCUCCACUUCCUCUAGCCCCAAUAUUGGUGUCCUGGGAAUCACCAAGGUGGGGAGUCGAAGGGUGGUCCAGUAUGGGGCAGUUAUCAUGCUGAUUCUAGGAAUGAUUGGCAAGUUCACGGCUCUCUUUGCUUCCCUCCCCGACCCUAUCCUGGGUGGCAUGUUCUGCACUCUCUUUGGGAUGAUCACAGCAGUGGGCUUGUCCAACCUGCAGUUUAUUGAUAUGAAUUCUUCCCGAAAUCUCUUUGUUCUGGGAUUCUCCAUGUUCUUUGGCCUGAUGCUGCCUAACUACCUGGAUUCCAACCCCAAUGCCAUCAACACAGGUAUUCCUGAAUUAGACCAGAUCUUGACUGUGCUGCUAACGACGGAGAUGUUUGUGGGUGGCUGUCUGGCCUUUAUCUUGGAUAAUACUGUCCCAGGGAGCCCGGAGGUAAGGGGACUGGUACAGUGGAAAGCUGGAGCUCAUGCCAACACUGAGACAUCUGCAAGUUUGAAGAGCUAUGACUUUCCUAUUGGCAUGAACACAAUCCAAAAGAUGGCCUUCUUGAAGUACAUUCCUAUCUGUCCUGUCUUCAAGGGCUUUUCUCCUAAGCCACGAAAACAGUUUCCUGCUCCAGAAGACAAUCCAGAAAACACAGACAUUCUAUCUCUGAGCACCAAGGUCUGAAAAAGUGACUUCUGGGAAA